AUGUUGCAGUAUUCAAAUCCUCCUCAGCACUAUGACACGGUGCCUCAGCACUAUGACACGGUGCCUCAGCACUAUGACACGGUGCAGUAUUCAAAUCCUCCUCAGCGUUAUGACACGGUGCCUCAGCACUAUGACACGGUGCAGUAUUCAAAUCCUCCUCAGCGUUAUGACACGGUGCCUCAGCACUAUGACACGGUGCAGUAUUCAAAUCCUCCUCAGCGUUAUGACACGGUGCCUCAGCACUAUGACACGGUGCAGUAUUCAAAUCCUCCUCAGCGUUAUGACACAGUGCCUCAGCACUAUGACACGGUGCAGUAUUCAAAUCCUCCUCAGCGUUAUGACACGGUGCCUCAGCACUAUGACACGGUGCAGUAUUCAAAUCCUCCUCAGCGUUACGACACGGUGCCUCAGCACUAUGGCACGGUGCAGUAUUCAAAUCCUCCUCAGCGUUAUGACACGGUGCCUCAGCACUAUGGCACGGUGCAGUAUUCAAAUCCUCCUCAGCACUAUGACACGGUGCCUCAGCACUAUGACACGGUGCCUCAGCACUAUGACACGGUGCAGUAUUCAAAUCCUCCUCAGCGUUAUGACACGGUGCCUCAGCACUAUGACACGGUGCCUCAGCACUAUGACACGGUGCAGUAUUCAAAUCCUCCUCAGCACUAUGACACGGUGCCUCAGCACUAUGACACGGUGCCUCAGCACUAUGACACGGUGCAGUAUUCAAAUCCUCCUCAGCGUUAUGACACGGUGCCUCAGCACUAUGACACGGUGCAGUAUUCAAAUCCUCCUCAGCGUUAUGACACGGUGCCUCAGCACUAUGACACGGUGCAGUAUUCAAAUCCUCCUCAGCGUUAUGACACGGUGCCUCAGCACUAUGACACGGUGCAGUAUUCAAAUCCUCCUCAGCGUUAUGACACAGUGCCUCAGCACUAUGACACGGUGCAGUAUUCAAAUCCUCCUCAGCGUUAUGACACGGUGCCUCAGCACUAUGACACGGUGCAGUAUUCAAAUCCUCCUCAGCGUUACGACACGGUGCCUCAGCACUAUGGCACGGUGCAGUAUUCAAAUCCUCCUCAGCGUUAUGACACGGUGCCUCAGCACUAUAGCACGCGUUAUGACACGGUGCCUCAGCACUAUGGCACGGUGCAGUAUUCAAAUCCUCCUCAGCGUUAUGACACGGUGCCUCAGCACUAUGGCACCGUGCAGUAUUCAAAUCCUCCUCAGCACUAUAGCACGGUGCAGUAUUCAAAUCCUCCUCAGCACUAUGGCACGGUGCAGUAUUCAAAUCCUCCUCAGCGUUAUGACACGGUGCCUCAGCACUAUGGCACCGUGCAGUAUUCAAAUCCUCCUCAGCACUAUAGCACGGUGCAGUAUUCAAAUCCUCCUCAGCACUAUGACAUGUUGCAGUAUUCAAAUCCUCCUCAGCCUUAUGACACGGUGCCUCAGCACUAUGGCACGGUGCAGUAUUCAAAUCCCCCUCAGCACUAUGACACGGUGCCUCAGCACUAUGGCACGGUGCAGUAUUCAAAUCCUCCUCAGCACUAUGACAUGUUGCAGUAUUCAAAUCCUCCUCAGCCUUAUGACACGGUGCCUCAGCACUAUGGCACGGUGCAGUAUUCAAAUCCUCCUCAGCCUUAUGACACGGUGCCUCAGCACUAUGGCACGGUGCAGUAUUCAAAUCCUCCUCAGCACUAUGGCACGGUGCAGUAUUCAAAUCCUCCUCAGCGUUAUGACACGGUGCCUCAGCACUAUGGCACGGUGCAGUAUUCAAAUCCUCCUCAGCACUAUGACAUGUUGCAGUAUUCAAAUCCUCCUCAGCCUUAUGACACGGUGCCUCAGCACUAUGGCACGGUGCAGUAUUCAAAUCCUCCUCAGCCUUAUGACACGGUGCCUCAGCACUAUGACACGGUGCAGUAUUCAAAUCCUCCUCAGCCUUAUGACACGGUGCCUCAGCACUAUGGCACGGUGCAGUAUUCAAAUCCUCCUCAGCCUUAUGACACGGUGCCUCAGCACUAUGGCACGGUGCAGUAUUAA